AUGCCAUACAACAACACUCCUAUUGCGCCUUCAAAAGAAGUCACAGGCCAUGUCUCCCUCCCACUCGCGCGCGUCCAGAAAAUAAUCAACGCAGACCCGGAGCGCCUCAUCGUUACCAAGAAUGCCUCGUUCGCUAUCGCGUUGGCGACCGAGAUGAUGAUCCAGUACCUCGCCACUUCCACGCACAACGUCGUCAAAACAGAGCGCAAGCCGCGCCGCAAUAUCCAGUACCGCGAUGUCUCGAGCGCGGUAAGCAGGACGGACAACCUCGAGUUCCUGGUCGACGUGGUGCCCAAGACGAUGCAAUAUGGCGCGUGGCGUAAACGCAAGGCUGCGGAACUGGAAGCAACGGCGAAGGAGAGUGCUAUCAAGGAGGGCGGAGAGGAGGCCAAGGGGAAGGGCGAGACGGGCGAGACGGGCGAGACGGGCGAGAAGGACACUGCAAGACCUGCAAACGCGAACAACACCACACAAACAACGCUGCCAAGCAUACCGAUCGGCUCGGACGCUGCACAGGACCUGCUGGCCCGAGCCCGCGAAGCAGAGUCCACUUCCUCAUCCACGCCGCAGAACGGCACAGAGCUUGAUCCGCUGGCGAGGAAGGAGAUUGUGCCGCCUGUGCCAGAAACAGAAGCCAUGGACGUCGAUGGAGGGGCGGGAGGAGAAAGGAUUGCAGAGAGUGAAGGCGAGGAAGACCCCGCAGCCAUGCAGAUCGAGAUGGAGAUGCGUGGGCCGCCGAGGACGAACGGGGAGGAGAGUGCAAGUGCGAAUGCGAGUGCGACGCCGAGCGCGAGCGCGAGAAUGAGCUCGGGGGGGUUCACGGCGAUAAAUGGGCGGUAA